CCUCAUAAUGUCAAAACGGUGAUUUUAAUCACCGAAUUUGCAAUGCUGUUCCGAAUAACAUCAUCUUGUCGUUAAUAAAAAGUAGCUGUAAUUUAUUUAAUUAGGAUUUUUUAGUUGUUUAAUUUGCAAGAAUAAGUCAAUUAGUUUGAAAAUGUUUUGUUCUUUUACAUGACAUUUUAAAAAUAUUGUGAAGUUUUGUAGAUAUGAAAAUGGAAAUGUUUCUUUAAGUAUAUACUUAGAGGAAGAACACUUGUACUUAAAUAUUACAUUGAAAUGUAUUUUAUUAGUUUGAUAAACGUUAAAAAAAGCUUACAAAAUGCCAGGCUCAAAAUCCCGUAACAAAGGACAAAAGAAACAGAACUUAUGUAAAAAACCAACAAAGAAUUUGGGAGACAUCACCAUCAAUGAUUUUGCCAAUGCCUCCAGUGGUUCACAUUCAAGAUUGAAAAAAGCUGUUGCAAACGUAACUUCUGAAGUGAAGCAGAGAUUAAUUAUAACAGAAGAUUCAUUAUUAGAAAAUGAUGAUUUACCCAAAUCUAAAAAUGACCCAAAUGUCACUGAAGUUAAAAGAAAAACUGUAAAAUCCGAACAAAAAGAAAAUGACAAUUCAGUGGAAGGAAUAGAUUAUCCAGUAGAUCUUUGGUUUCUCAUUUCUGAACACAUUUCACCUGAAAUGGUUAUUAAAUUUGCUAUAAUUUGUAAAAAAUCAUAUUAUGUUACGCACACUGCUAAAUUUUGGUUUCAUUUAUUAAGAAGAUAUCAUAAAUCUGUGACUGGCUUACCACAGUAUUUGCAACCUGAACGAAUUGUACGACCAUUAGGACUUCGAGCUUAUGUUAUUCGAGCUCUUCAUUUUAGUUAUUGUAAAUUUUUAAAAGGUCCAGAUAAUCGAUCACAAUUGGAGCAAAAAGAUCCGCAUUCAUUGGUGAAACGAUUUUGUACUCUCAUGUGGCAUAAGAAAGGAGAAAAUCGAUGGUACUUCUAUUUUAAAUUGAAGGAAGUGAAGAACAGUAAAAAAAUCUCUCACAUUGAUCGUUUAAAUAAUAACAAAAAUCAAAAUUAUGAAUUAUCUCGUAGCGAUGUUAUGUUUAAUCAAGAAGAAGGUUGCAAAAUUCUCAGAGUGACUUGUUUACAGUACAGUAUGUUACAACCCGUAAUUGGUUUGACAUUGCAAACUGUAUCAAUGAAUUUAUCACCGGGAUUUGAACAUCAUCGUCUUGUACUUGGUUUUGGUUCCUUUUACGUUCCACAAACACCAACACAAAUUGUAACAUUAGUCGGUGUAGUUCAUGUUGACGUUUUUGAUUGGUGGCAAAUUCAAUAUCCAUAUCAAGAUUAUCAAAAACAUCGAGAUAUUGAAUUAACUGUCUCUAAUCAAAAUACUAAAACCCCAAUUUAUGACUCGUGGGAGCAAAUAUACUCAGGUACCUGGGAUCGAGAAUUAUUAAUUUAUGCAUGAUUUUUAAUUAUUUUUUUUAGUUAACUUUGCUCAAUGAAAACGAAGAGAAAUAAGAAAGAAAUAAGAAUUUUAAAAGAUAAAUAAAACAAGAAUGGGGAUUCUUAAUAACAGAAGUAAUAUUCAUUUUAUCAACAAAAUGUUUUAAAGAUGAAGAAUAUGUUUAUUUCUUUCGAAAAAUUAUAUUUUUUUCUCAUUGUAAAUGGAUUAAUUUAUUUUUUUGUUAAAAUGGUCAUGGUUAAUACAUUAAACAAAAACGAAAAAAAUAGAAAUUAAUUCUUAAAUUCAAUUUCAAACAAUUAUUUUUCAUAAUAAUGAGUCCUGUAAAUUUUGUUCAUACAUGUAUAAAAAUAAAUUGAUUAUUAUAAAUUAA